GUAAAAUUGGCGCCAUACAAACAUAACGCCAUACCGUCCUAGUGAUGGUUGAUCGUGGUGGUGCCUCGGGUUCUCCCGUUAUGCACUCCAGAUCGCGUGCUGAUCGUCCUCGAAAAAGGCACCGAAAUAGUAGCAGUGCCUCAAGUCGGACCAGUUCUCCUGGUUCCUUCUUAGUCAGUGAAAUCAAACGCAAUGGGCGAAAUGAAGAGAUUCGUAGGCGCGACGAACAGAGAGCUGAGGAAGACCGGAUAUUACGUCAACGGUGGGCAGAAUCCAAACUUCUUGAGGAGGAAGUCGCACGACGUCUGGAGCGUUACUUGGACUCUGAGCUUGCUAAGUUACUUGUGUUACGAAGAGUCCAGUUUAAUGCCGAAAUUGAACGACGAGUGGAGGCUGAACGUACUGAAGUAUUACGCCGAAGAGCUGAAGAAGCUGAACGUAAAGCUAGAGAAGAAGCUGAGGCAUUACAACGACGUGAAGAAGAAGAAAAACGACUAAAGGAGCUCAAUGAGCGCCUCGCUCAAGAGAGGGAACGGGAACUCGAAGAACAAAGACGCUUGGAAGAAGAAGCUGAGCGUAAACGAUGUGAAGCAGAAUUACGUGAACUUGAAGAACGUCAGCGACGCGAAGCUGAAGAGCUCCAACGUAUCAAAAGAGAACAAGAAAUUAUUCUAAAUAAAAAGCGAAUUCGACCAAAGUUAUCGUUUACGCUGAAAAAAUGAAUAUGUUUCCAGAUGUUUCCUUUCCCUCUUUCACGUUAAGUCUAUAACUUUAUUUUCUUUUUAUCUUAUUAUGCUUUAUUUUUCACACUUCAUUAUUUUUAAAAAACUAAAUAACUCGAAAUACAUGCACAUACAUAUACAUUUAGGUGACUUUCAACUGUUUAUUUGUCGUCACACCUUGUGGAAAAGCUCAAGUCUUAUUAACAAAACAUGUUUAGUUAUCUGUGUAUAUACGUUGUGCUUCUUCCAUUCUCGGUUGAUUUCAUUGUGUAUUUGUAAAUCCUUAUACUCUUCAAUUUUUUCUCGUGUUUACAGUCUUGUUUUGUACAUAAAUUAAGUUGUUUUUAAAAUAAUUAGACAAGUUAAAAAAGAUGUUUUACAUUUGUGAUUUCCUACUUUAUUCCUUAGAAGGUAUUUUGUAUUGUUAGAUUUCUCUGAGCCCUUGACAGGAAACGAAUUUUAUUUUUUGUUGUCUGAUGUUAAAACAUCCUAAAACCACUACUCACGUUUUUAGAGAUAGUUAACUCAUUUGAAAGGCACACGCAAAGUUCCGGCCUAACUUGUGAUGUCUGGAGAACCAGAAAUUUCCAUGUACCAGGUAGGAGUGUGACAUUAGUCGACUCGCCUUCAGAUAAUAUUGCUCUGUAUUAAAUUCCACACCAGAAAACUGUGGAGAGAUUUCACACUUUAGUAUGGUGCACUGCAUAAAGAUCA